AUGCGGCUGAAACUCAUUCUGUCAGUUCUAUUACUGUGCGCAUUUUCUAAUGGUGUCCAUUCUGCGAGAGUCCUCGGCCUCUUUCCCCACACAGGUAAAAGCCAUCAAAUGGUCUUCGAGCCACUUCUACGAACUCUAGCAGAACGAGGACAUCAUGUAACUACAGUAUCGUUCUUUCCCCUCAAAAAUCCAAUAGAAAACUACACUGAUAUAAGUCUCGAAGGCAUUUCUGAAAUAAGACUAGAAUCUUUAGAUUUAUCCAUGUUUGAAACUUCAGGUAUAUUGUCGAAGAUUCCUGUGCUAAACAGAAUUACGAGACAGCUGUCCGAAAUGCAGCCCCUAGCCGACGCGGCUGUGAAUAUAUGCGAAGGAUUGAAGAACUUGUCACCUUUGGCUGACGCAUUGAAAAGAGAAUACGACGUGGUUUUGGUGGAAAACUUUAACAGUGAUUGUAUGCUCGGAUUGCUGCACGUUUACGGAAACACAGCGCCUAAAGUUGCAUUAUCUUCUUGUAAAAUACUGCCAUGGACAGCGGACAGAAUAGGAUUGCCCGACAAUCCAGCCUACGUUCCGCUUGUACUUACCAGCUUCACUUCCCGCAUGAACUUCGGCCAACGCUUAGAAAAUACGUUCCUAACCACAUUAUAUAAGGCAUGGUUUUACUAUAUGGUUCAAGCGAAAGAACGUUCUAUCAUAGAGAAGCACUUUAAAACGAAUAUACCAGAUUUACGAAUUCUGGCGAAAAACUAUUCGUUAAUGCUGGUCAAUACUUUUCAUACUCUGGACGGCAUUCGACCAAUGGUCCCGGCCUUUGUAGAAGUCGGCGGCAUGUAUUUGGAUCAUUCCCGAGAAGCUUUACCCCACUUGCAAGGUCGGAGCACGGUAGAUGAAUUGGGUCUUCAUUGUCCAUAA